AUCGCCGUCCGCAACGGAACAGGCUGCAGUCUGUCUGCGACACCAGGCUCGGCAUGCCACCGCCUAACGAUAGCGUUGACUCUCCGAGCCCGGAAUACGCGUCCCCGUGGCGAACGCGUCGGCGAUUGAUCUUCACCCUGCCCGGGGAAAACACCGCAGAACCCUGGAGCGAGCCCACGGCGCGGCAUGGCCAGCACAGCAGCGACCCGCUGUUCGCCGCCGCCGAAGUCAGCAGCGGCAGCGGGAAACGCAGCGGCGACUACGCGACGUACCUGGCCGAAAUGGCGCCGGCGGCCGGCAUGAAGCGCCAGCGCAUCUCUGAAGACUACGGUCACCUCCAGGACAAGUGCAUGAUGUGCCGUUUUCUGGACGUGCUCGCGAGGUGCUACAACUGGGCCUGCGUCAGCCUUCUAGCGUGGCUCUACUACAGGUGGUUCAGCUGAAGCGGCACCGGGUGUGCUGCAGUGGUGCGGCCCGCUCGGCAGUGGAGCCGCUCCCACAGAGCCGCGCCCCCGAGAACAACCGGUGCUGCGUCCUCCGCCGUGAUCAAUACAGACAAAUUGCGCCCACGCUGGACUAUCGCGUUAAACGUUCUGUAGUGAAGCAACAUACCGCGUGAGCGUUGCGACUUGCCUAUAGCCGGGACUGGUAAAGUAUAGCUUAAUGUAGCGGCUGUGUACUGUGUAGCCCUGAACAUUCGAUCGUUAGUCUGCGUACAAGCGCCACAGUCGCAAGAAAGGAGCCAAUGCUACGCUUAGACAUGGUGCGCAAACAAUCCUAACGGUUCCUUGCGAGUUUUGCACUGAAAAUACUGACGUAAAAACGAGGCGUUUUUUAAGAGAUGUGGCGCUUGACUGAAACCGACAUGUGGUGUAAUUUGAGCAUGGGAACACUCGUACGGUUUCACGCGUUAGGUUUCUCAACAGAUCUGUAAAAAUUGCUGUUUAACGAUA